UGUAACUUGAUAUAGUAUAGUAAUAAAAAUAUAUGGCAAACAACAAUAUGUAUGAUGAGACGACACCAAUCAUUUGUUGUUCUUCUUCAUCUAACAUCAAUUAUUCCCAACCAGCAGCUGAAACCACCGAUGACAUCUCUUUGUUCCUCCGACAAAUCCUUCUUAAAUCAUCUUCAUCCUUAACAACAACAUCUCAUUCUUGGCCAUCUAUUGUUACAACUACUACUACUACUACUACUAAACAAACACAAUGUGAAAUGCCACCACUUCAACCCGUUUAUCCAUCCGGGUUACCCGUUCCUAACCGGAUCCCCACUCUUGGUUGUUCUUCAACAGCUGGUGGUCAUUAUCACCCUUUGGCAAAUCUAAUGCCAUAUGUCUCUUCUUCGACGACGACUAAUAUUGAUAAUAAUAAUAAUAAUAAUAAUAAUGACUUUGAUGAAUAUGAUAAUGAAAGUACUGAGGAGGGUGGUUUUGAAAAUAUGAUGGAAGAAAUGUCGACAAAAUCCAACACUACUAGCCGUAACCCAUCCAAACGAACUAGAGCUGCCGAGGUUCACAAUAUGUCAGAAAAGAGGAGGAGAAGCAGGAUAAAUGAGAAAAUGAAGGCCUUACAAAAACUAAUUCCAAAUUCCAAUAAGACGGAUAAGGCGUCAAUGUUGGAUGAAGCCAUUGAAUAUCUCAAGCAGCUUCAACUCCGAGUUCAGAUGUUAACAAUGCGGAACGGAAUUAAUCUAUAUUCCAUGUCCCAACCACCGGUAGUUCUUCAGCCUAACCAUCUUCCUAAUUCAAGAAUCGGCUUAAAUGAAAGAAACGAAACCAUAAACAUGGCGUCGAUGAACCAAGAAAUGUAUACAAAUCCCAUGCUUAGUCUCCCAAUUCAUUGCACAAACCGAGGCCCACCACAACCAACGUUACUUGAUUUUUCACACAUAAUCAAUCGGCCAGAACCUUCAUCUCCUUUAGCGGAAUGUUUGAUGAGUAGCAAUGAAUCUAAGGUGGCUCAAAUAUUAAUGCAUUCGCAACACGAACGGGGGUUGCACCGGAAAUGAAUAUCUUGUGAGGAUACAGAGAUGUGAAAAUGCCACUUUUAAGUCAUGAAGUUGAGCUCGAUCUUUUUAACUGUUAUGGUAUUCUGUACUAUGAUUUCAAGGUGGUGUCAAUAUGUUUGCUUUGUUAUAUUGUAUUACCUUGAAUGAUGAUGGUGAAGUUUUUGACUUUUUUCCAUGGUUGAGUUGAAUUUGACUAAUGAAAGACUUUAGAUGAAUUAAUUAA